GUUCACAUGCAGAUAAUAAUCUAAUAUACCACAAUAGUGCCAGAUGAGUUGGAAGAGUACAAAUAUUCAUAGCUGAUCUGUCAUUAAGAAACACUCUCUGAAGGCUCAAAAACAAAGGAGUUGACUAUAUGUCUUCAAAGGUUAGUAGUUUGUUUAUCUGUUUGUUCAUUCUUCAACUAUGGGCUGCCGCUGUUGUUACAGGGCGAAAGAUAGGAAUCUAUGAGAUUAAGAAAGGAGAUUUCUCUGUUAAGAUCACUAAUUAUGGUGCCAGAAUAAUCUCUGUUCUUCUUCCUGAUAAGCAUGGAAAAAUUGGUGAUGUUGUUAGUGGAUAUGACACCAUCGAGGAAUACAAGAAUGAUACACGUUAUUUUGGAGCCCUACUUGGGAGGGUUGCUAACCGGAUUGGUGGUGCUCAAUUUAGUUUGAAUGGAACCCUUUAUAAGCUUAUCCCCAAUGAAGGAAAUAACACCAUUCAUGGUGGCCCUAAAGGAUUUAGCUAUGUUGUUUGGAAGGUGAGCAAAUACGUGCAAGAUGGUCCAUGCCCUUGCAUAACUCUAACAUACCAUAGUGCUGAUGGUGAAGAAGGAUUUCCUGGAGAUGUUCUUGCCUCUGUUACUUUUGCAUUAAAAGAUCCUUACAAACUUAGCGUGGUAUUUAAGGCAAAAGCACUGAACAAGGCUACUCCAAUUAACCUGUCUCACCACCCUUACUGGAACAUUGGUGGUCACAACAGUGGCGACGUCUUGUCUCAGGUUGUUCAAAUCUUUGCAUCAAACAUCACCCUAGUUGACGAACAGCUCAUUCCCACAGGCGAGAUCGCCCCUGUCAAGAACACACCAUACGACUUUCUAAAACCCCGUAAGGUGGGGAGCAGGAUCGACAAAAUCGAUAGAGGAUAUGACAGAAACUAUGUACUUGACAGCAAUGAAAAAAUGAAACCCGUGGCAAAAGUUUAUGAUAAGAAAUCAGGAAGAGUGAUGGAUAUACAAGCGACUGCACCUUGUGUGCAUUUCUACACUGCAAAUUGGGUGAUUGAUGUAAAAGGGAAAGGUGGAUAUGUGUAUCAGCCUCAAUCAUCAUUGUCUUUGGAGACUCAAGGAUAUCCGGAUGCUGUGAAUCACCCAAAUUUCCCGUCGAUAAUUGUGAAUCCAGGAAAGACCUAUGCCCACACUCUGCUGUAUACGUUCUCCAUCAAGAAAUAGUACUACUUAGAAUGCUUGAUUUCUGUCCCUCUUAAAAUAUUCUACUUAAAUUGAUUUUUGUAUCAUGGUUAUAUGUUCUCUGUGACAAAUAAAACUCUGAUAUUCAUGAUAUAAUAUAAUUUUCUUCGUUUAAGUA